GUAUAAAUUUGGGACGUUUUCCUCAUUGGGAUCAUUGAUUUGUCAGAAUAAACCCGAGCAACAGCAAGACGAUGAUUUCGAACAAACUUUGCGUCCUCAGCUUAGUGCUGCUUCUCUCCCUAGCACUCAGCUCUAGCGCCAGCAACAUCCACAGAUUCAACGCAGUCCGACUUUCCCUAGAUGUGUCAGGCCCGGGGGCCAAUGGUGCAACUGUAACUGCAACUGCUGGACCUGAUGUUACUGAAACUGCAACUGCUGGUUCUGAUGCAACUGUAACUGCAACUGCUGGACCUGAUGUUACUGAAACUGCAACUGCUGGUUCUGAUGCUACUCAAACUGCAACAGCUGGUUCUGAGGCCACUGCAACUGCCACUGCUGGUGCUCAUGUAGCUGUGACUUCAAAGGGGAUUGAAGGAAUUGCCAUCGGGAAACAUGUAUAUGGAAUAAGAGCCUAAAUUAAAUAAUCAAGUGGCUUGCCACUUAAAAAAACUAUUACAAAUUCAAAA